AUGCCUCGCCGCGUGCUGUGGCUCGUGCUGGCGCUGUCCGCCGCGGUGCCCCCGCGCCGCUGCUGGGGCUUCACGUGCCCGCCCGUCUGCCGGUGCGGGGCGGACACGUUCCACUGUAGUAGAGACACGCAGCUGGCGUCCGCCGGACCCGCCGGCGUCAGCAGGCUAAGAAUCAUUCACCUGCCCCUGAAAACAGUCCCGAGUCAUGCCUUCAAAGAGCUGGUCAACGUGACGACAAUUGAAAUCUCCCAGAGCGAUCAAAUCACGGAAAUACAGAGACACGCGUUCCUCUCCCUCCACAGCCUGGCGGAAAUAGAAGUACGGAACAUUAAUAGUCUGAGGAUUAUCGAGAAAGGGGCCUUCGCCGACCUUCCAAGGCUGGAAUACCUGAGCAUCUGCAACACCGGGGUGACACACUUUCCGGACUUCAGCGGCAUCUCCUCCCUGACGUCACAGUUCAUCCUGAAGAUGGCAGACAACAUGAGGAUCGAUCACAUUCCCGCCAACUCUUUCCGGGGCAUCGCAGAGGAAUACGUCGCCAUGAACCUGGCCAGAAACAGCUUCACCGAGAUUCGAGCUCACGCCUUUAAUGGGACCAAGCUGAACAACCUAAUCCUGAGAGACAACAGAUACCUCAGGGAAAUCCAAGAGGACGCGUUCGAAGGAGCAUCAGGACCGAGUCUUCUGGACAUCUCAUCCACGGCUUUAAGCUCGCUACCCCCUAAAGGACUGAAGCAGGUAAGGUUUCUGAAGGCAAGAUCUGUCCAUGCCUUGAAGAGCCUCCCCCCUCUGGACAGCCUCCCCGAACUGCUGGAGGCCGAGCUCACCUACCCCAGCCACUGCUGUGCCUUCCAUAUCUGGCGACAAACACGCAGGGAAAACGCCUCCAAGAACUUCCUAAAGCUUUGUGAAAUCGCCGAAACAUACUUCACGGAACCCACUGCAGACGGUAUGAACGACAUCAAAUUUCAGUAUCCGGACCUGGAAUGGGACUGUCGUCAGAGCGCCUCCAUCAAGUGCAGCCCGAAGCCUGAUGCUUUUAAUCCUUGCGAGGACCUGUUGGGCUACCCUUUCCUGCGGUCCCUCACCUGGAUAAUUACAGCUUUUGCGGUGACCGGGAACAUGGCCGUACUGGUCAUCCUGCUUAUCAGUCAUCAAAAACUAACGGUUUCCAGAUUUCUGAUGUGCAACCUCGCCUUUGCAGACUUCUGCAUGGGUCUCUACCUGAUGCUCAUUGCCUUCAUGGACUCCCGUUCUCGCCAAGAGUACUACAACCAUGCCAUGGACUGGCAGACGGGCGCAGGGUGCGGCAUAGCAGGGUUUUUGACCGUUUUUGCCAGCGAACUGUCCGUAUACACACUGACUGUAAUCAGCCUUGAACGCCGCCAUACCAUCGCCAACGCAAUGUACCUAAACAAGAGGCUACGGCUGCGCCAUGCGGGAGCCAUUAUGGGGGCUGGCUGGGCCUUCUCUCUGCUGGUUGCCCUUCUCCCUCUGGUGGGAGUCAGCAGCUACAGUAAAGUCAGCAUCUGCCUGCCCAUGGACAUCGAGACACUGGGUUCUCAGGUGUACGUGGUGGCUGUGCUUUUUCUCAACGUGCUGGCCUUUCUGGUGGUCUGUUACUGCUACGUCUACAUUUACCUGAGCAUCCACAACCCCGGCCUCACGACACGCCAAGGGGACGCCAAGGUGGCCAAGCGCAUGGCUGUGCUGAUCUUUACAGACUUCCUGUGCUUGGCACCCAUCUCCUUCUUUGCCAUCUCUGCUGCUCUGUGCACGCCUCUCAUAACGGUGUCUCACUCCAAGAUCCUGCUCAUCCUCUUUUACCCCAUCAACUCUCUGUGCAACCCCUUCCUGUACACCAUCUUCACACGGGCCUUCCGGAAGGACGUCGGCCUGCUAAUGGGCCGUUGCGGUUGCUGCCACGCCAAAGCUGAGCUCUACAGGUCUUAUGGCCUGGCCGCACACACGUCUGACCCCAAAACCGACAAGUCUACGGGGAAGCCUCGCUCGCUCACCUUCUGUGCUUACCACAUUAAGAUGCGCGGCUGCAUUCUCAACAAGGGGACCACGUGA